AUGGCCGACAUUGUACAAUCUCUCUGUGUACCCUCUUCGUAUAAAGAUCAACAAUAUAGGGGCUCGACAACAGACUUAGAAAAAGAUCUAGCAAACAGUACUACACUAUACGUGGGCAAUCUCUCCUUCUACACCACAGAAGAACAAAUCUACGAAUUGUUUUCGAAAUGUGGAGAAAUCAAACGUAUCAUUAUGGGGCUGGAUAAGUUCCAGAAAACGCCGUGCGGGUUUUGUUUUGUAGAAUAUUAUCAUCAUCAAGAUGCUUUGGAUUGCAUGAAGUACGUAAACACCACAAAAUUAGAUGAGCGUAUAAUAAGAACAGAUUUAGAUCCUGGUUAUAGAGAUGGUCGACAAUAUGGUCGAGGAAGAUCCGGUGGUCAGGUCAGAGACGAAUAUCGUCAAGACUAUGAUCAAGGUCGUGGUGGCUGGGGUCAUGUUCGUGCCAAACAAUUAGAAGCACAGCGUGCUCACCGACAGAAAGAAGAAUACGAGGCUAUUACCACUAUCCCGACUGGUGCUGGAGAGUAUAAAGGGAAAAGUGCUGCAUCAUCACAACAACAUCAUAAACGUGAGAGACCUGACGAUGAAGAAAAAGAGACUCAAGGACGCGAAAAGAACCCGCGAUUCCGAGAAGAUCGGUCAGAUGAUGAAGAUGAAAUGCAGACAGAUGUCUAG